AUGCAACAAGAUAAUGGACAUGAAGAAGAUAAAGAAAAUAAACAAGAAAUGCAAGUUCCACCCUCUGAACAUGAGCCAACUGCAACCAUAUACAUUAAAAAUUUUGUUCGUCCUUUAACACAUACAAAAGUCCGCGAACUUUUAGAGCAAUAUGGCAAAAUCGUAUUUUUUUGGAUGGAUAAGAUUAAAUCUCAUUGUUAUGUAAAGGUGAUUUCAUUUAUACAUAAAUAUAAUAAAUUAAAGUUGGAAAUCACAAAAUUGGCACAUCAAUCACUCUGGGAUGUUGUUUUUCCACCUGAAACUGGCAGAAAACUUAUGUUAGAAUUUAUAGAUUUUGAAAAGGCAGAGGAAUUGAUUGCAGAAGAAGAAAAUAAAGCAUCAAACACAAAUCCAAAUUCGAAUUCGAAUUCGAAUUUAUCAAAUUCACGCGAUAUACAAAGAUCUGAAAGAAAAAAACCUAAUGGAAAUAGUGGAACUGUUCCUAACAUAAAGAUAGUGUCAUUAGAUUCACUAUUUUCAAAAACAAAAGCUACUCCUCAUCUAUACUAUAAACCUGUGUCGUCAGAAGAUGCAAAAUCAAGACUUAAAGUUAUGGAAAGAAGAAGGAAUAGGAGAAAUUCAUAG